AUGGCACCUACUCGGGUCGCCGCAUGCCAUGUUGCCUCUCACUUUCUCUCUGCGCAAAAAUCCGUCGACAAAGCCAUUUCGCUCAUUCACCAGGCCGCCAAAAACUCCGCCAAUCUAGUCGUCUUCCCCGAGACAUACCUAUCAGCCUUCCCCAUCUGGAGCGCCAUCCGUCCCCCAACGGAGAACCAUGACCUCUUCCAUCGCAUGGUGCAGGAAUCUCUGUAUGCCGAUGGCGAAGAAGUACGACUUCUUCAGGAAGCCGCCCGGGAGACCAAAACCGUCAUUAGCAUGGGCUUUUCCGAAAAGUAUCGGGCGAGUACCGCCUGCUUGUACAAUUCGAACUUGAUCAUCAACACCAUGGGCGAGGUCGCUGUACACCACCGGAAGUUGAUGCCGACGUUCUUUGAGAAACUCACCUGGAGCCCGGGUGAUGGGUAUGGAUUGCGUGUCGCUGAUACACCGUACGGUCGUGUUGGCGGACUCAUCUGCGGGGAAAAUACCAAUCCCUUGGCGCGGUACUCGUUGAUGGCUCAGCGCGAGCAGAUUCAUAUCUCGUCUUGGCCACCGAUCUGGCCGACGCGGGUCCCAGCAUCAUCACCGAAGGAGAAGGAGAAGGAGGAAGGGGACCGUCUCAGUCAGGGUCAGGGCCAGGGCCAGGGCCAGGCCCCGGCGAACUACGACAAUGUACUCGCGAAUAGACUUCGCGCCGCCGCUCACUGCUUCGAAGCGAAGUGCUUUGGCGUGAUGUGUAGCGGCUUCCUCGGCCAGGAUGCCAUUGAUAUCAUCGUUUCCGGCUCUAGAUCCCCUGGCCAUGUCAAGGGCGUGCUGGAUAACUCUCCUCGUGGAGUAAGUAUGUUUCUUGAUCCGACUGGGACGCCUCUUCCUUCGUUCACAGUGGAAGAGGAUACGAAGACCCAGAGGCCCAAGGAGUUUCUACAGAAUGAGGAAGGGGUUCUUUAUGCGGAUAUGGAUCUCGAUCGUUGUAUUGAAGGAAAACAAUAUCAUGAUGUGGUGGGGGGAUAUCAGCGACUUGAUGUUUUUCAAUUGCAAGUCAACCGGUCUCGACGGGAUCCUGUCGUCUUUACAGAAGGUUCUGAUAUCGAAGAGUUAUAG